AAUCAGCGGCGGCGGCGGCGGCGACGGCGGCGACGGCUGUGGAAGGAGCGCGGUGGCCCAGGAGCGGCCCCGGGGACCCUGUGCGGCUGACGGCCGCCGCGGCGACUCGCAGCGGGCGCGGGUCUCGGAGCGCGGCCCCAGCGCCGCCCCCCGCCCUCCCGCUGCCCUCCCCCACCUCGCCGCUCCUCCUCUCCUCCCUCCUCCCUCGUCGCUCGCGGGCCGGGCCCGGCAUGGUGCGGCGUCGCCGCCGAUGGCGCUGAGGCGGAGCAUGGGGCGGUCGGGGCUCCUGCCGCUGCCGCUGCCGCCGCCGUCGCCGCCGCUGCUGCUGCUGCUGCUGCUGGCGGGUCUGGCCGCGCUGCUGCUCCCGGAGUCCGCGGCCGCAGGCCUGAAGCUCAUGGGAGCCCCUGUGAAGCUGACAGUGUCCCAGGGGCAGCCGGUGAAGCUCAACUGCAGCGUGGAGGGGAUGGAGGAGCCUGAGAUACAGUGGGUGAAGGACGGGGCUGUGGUCCAGAGCGUGGAUCAGGUGUACAUCCCAGUCAGUGAGCAGCACUGGAUUGGCUUCCUCAGCCUGAAGUCAGUGGAGCGCUCUGAUGCGGGCCGGUACUGGUGCCAGGUGGAGGAUGGAGGCGAAACUGAGACCUCCCAGCCAGUGUGGCUCACUGUUGAAGGUGUGCCAUUUUUCACUGUGGAGCCAAAAGACCUGGCAGUGCCACCCAAUGCCCCUUUCCAACUGUCUUGUGAGGCCGUGGGUCCCCCAGAACCUGUUACCAUUGUCUGGUGGAGAGGAGGCACGAAGGUUGGGGGACCUGCUCCUUCUCCUUCUGUGUUAAAUGUAACAGGGGUGACCCAGAGCACCGAGUUCUCCUGUGAAGCUCACAACCUAAAAGGCCUGGCUUCCUCUCGCCCAGCCACGGUUCGUCUUCAAGCACUGCCUGCAGCCCCCUUCAACAUCACAGUGACGAAGCUCUCCAGCAGCAAUGCUAGCGUGGCCUGGAUGCCAGGUGCUGAUGGCCGAGCCCUGCUCCAGUCCUGUACAGUCCAGGUGACGCAGGCCCCAGGAGGCUGGGAGGUCCUGGCUGUCGUGGUCCCUGUACCACCUUUUACGUGCUUGCUCCGGGACCUGGCACCUGCUACCAACUACAGCCUCAGGGUUCGCUGUGCCAAUGCCUUGGGGCCUUCUCCAUAUGCUGACUGGGUACCCUUUCGGACAAAGGGUCUAGCCCCAGCCAGCGCUCCCCAGAACCUCCAUGCCAUCCGCACAGAAUCAGGCCUCAUCCUGGAAUGGGAAGAAGUGAUCCCUGAGGGCCCUAUGGAAGGCCCCCUGGGACCCUAUAAACUGUCCUGGGUUCAAGACAACGGAACCCAGGGUGAGCUGACAGUGGAGGGGACCAGGGCCAACCUGACGGGCUGGGAUCCCCAGAAGGACCUGACUGUGCGUGUGUGCGUCUCCAAUGCAGUUGGCUGUGGGCCCUGGAGUCAGCCACUGGUGGUCUCUCCUCAUGACCACGCAGGCCAGCAUGGCCCUCCCCACAGCCGCACAUCUUGGGUGCCUGUGGUCCUGGGUGUGCUGACAGCCCUAGUGACAGCUGCUGCCCUGGCCCUUAUCCUGCUUCGAAAGAGGCGGAAGGAGACACGGUUUGGGCAAGCCUUUGACAGCGUUAUGGCCCGUGGGGAGCCAGCUGUUCACUUCCGGGCAGCGCGGUCCUUCAAUCGAGAAAGGCCUGAGCGCAUUGAGGCCACACUGGACAGCUUGGGCAUCAGCGAUGAGCUGAAGGACAAACUGGAGGAUGUGCUCAUCCCAGAGCAGCAGUUCACCCUGGGCCGGAUGUUGGGCAAAGGAGAGUUUGGUUCAGUGAGGGAAGCCCAGCUGAAGCAGGAGGAUGGCUCCUUUGUGAAAGUGGCCGUAAAGAUGCUGAAAGCUGACAUCAUUGCCUCAAGCGACAUUGAAGAGUUCCUCAGAGAAGCGGCCUGCAUGAAGGAGUUUGACCACCCACACGUGGCCAAGCUUGUUGGGGUGAGCCUCCGGAGCAGGGCCAAAGGCCGUCUCCCCAUUCCCAUGGUCAUCCUGCCUUUCAUGAAGCACGGGGACCUGCACGCCUUCCUGCUCGCCUCCCGGAUUGGGGAGAACCCCUUUGUGAGUGCCCGGGGUGGGAGCAGCCAGGAGCUGGAAAGGGACAGAGAACCUGGGAGAGAGAACCUGCCCCUGCAGACCCUGGUCCGGUUCAUGGUGGACAUUGCCUGUGGCAUGGAGUAUCUGAGCUCCCGGAACUUUAUCCACCGAGACCUGGCUGCUCGGAACUGCAUGCUGGCGGAAGACAUGACAGUGUGUGUGGCCGACUUUGGACUGUCCCGGAAGAUCUAUAGCGGGGACUACUAUCGCCAGGGCUGUGCCUCCAAACUGCCCGUCAAGUGGCUGGCCCUGGAGAGCCUGGCUGACAACCUGUAUACUGUGCACAGUGACGUGUGGGCCUUUGGGGUGACCAUGUGGGAGAUCAUGACUCGUGGGCAGACACCAUAUGCUGGCAUCGAGAACGCUGAGAUUUACAACUACCUCAUCGGCGGGAACCGCCUGAAACAGCCUCCGGAGUGUAUGGAGGACGUGUAUGAGCUCAUGUACCAGUGCUGGAGCGCCGACCCCAAGCAGCGCCCGAGCUUCACAUGUCUGCGGAUGGAGCUAGAGAAUGUCCUGGGCCGCCUGUCUGUGCUGUCCACCAGUCAGGACCCCUUGUACAUCAAUCUUGAGGGAGCUCAGGAGCCUGCUGAGGGAGGCAGCCUGGAGCUGCCUGGUGGGGACCAGGCCAGUGGCAGAGCUGGGGAUGGCAGUGGCCUAGAGGCAGUGGGGGGCAUCCCCAGUGACUAUCGGUACAUUCUCAGUCCCGGGGGGCUGGCUGAGCGGCCUGAGCAGGAGGAGCAGCAGCCAGAAAGCCCCGUCAAUGAGGCCCAGGGGCUGCUGCUGCUGCAGCAAGGGCUACUACCCCACAGUAGCUGUUAGCCCACAGGCAGAGGGCAUCUGGGGCCAUGUGGCCGGCUGUGCUGGCUGACUAAGCCCCGUCUGACCCCAGCCCAGGCAGCAAGGCGUGGAGGCUCCUGUGGUAGUCUUCCUAAGCUGUGCUGGAAGCCUGGACUGACCAAAUGACCCAAUCCCAGUUCUUCCUGCAACCACUCUGUGGCCGGCCUGGCAUCAGUUCAGGCCUUGGCUGGGUGGAGGUAGGCCAGGCCUGGUUGUCUAAACCCAGGCAGCUGGCAGAGGGGGUGGUUAUGUUUCCGUGGUUACCAUGGGUGUGGAGAGCGGCUGGGGGAGGGUAGGUCCAACCCUGUGGGCCCCUGCUCUCCCGGCUGUGCUGCCCCUGCUGCUUUAGUGUAUGCAUUGAGGCAUCUCUGGCCUGGGGGCCCAUCUGUGCCUGUGCUUGGGGGUUGAAGGCCCAGGUUUUCCCCUCCUCACAAAGAGAUGCCCUUGUAUUAUUCCCCUUUAGGUGAGAAUUGGUAAGGGGUUGGUACAGUCAGGUCCGAAGCCCUGUAGGGGGUGGCAGUGGGACACUCGGGUCUGAGUCAUUGUCAUCUUCCUGGUUACCCAUCCUGCCUAGGCCAGGAGUAAAGUGCAGCUGACCAGGCAUAGCAAGGCGUGCUGGAUUACACAGGCUACAUUUGCCAAGCUUCUAAAGGUAAUGCACUGAGCCUGGCAAGAGGAAGGGGUGCAGUAGGGCUUGCCCAGGAAUGAGUGAGGCCAGAGAGGAGUCCAGGAGCCCCUCUUCACGCCCUCCCACAGUCUGUCUGAGCAUGCUACCAAAUCCCCAAAUAUCCUAAGACUAACAAAGGCAGCUGUGUCUGAGUCCGAUCCUUCCACGCAGCAUCCCCUAGUCCCAACCUUCUCUCUUAAAAAGGAGGCCUUCUUUUGUCCCAGGUCUCCAGAGACGGAGAGAAAUUGGCCUGAUGGCUGGUGUGUGUGUAGGUGAGGGGGAAUUACUGGAGCCUGGACCCCAGCUCUGGAUCGGGAGCCUCUGGGAAUGCGUGGGGCAGGCCCUUGCUCUUAGGGACUUUUCCAAGCUGUUAGAUGCUGUUUAAAAAAUAAAUUGAAGACUAAAGACCCAA